AUGCCUGCACUACCAACUGCUUUGCCCCAAUUUCCGUCUCGCAUGCUAAAUCAGAAUCCGUGGUCUGCAAAUAUUCGCACUGCCCACGAUACUUUGUCAGAUAUUUACCGACGCGCCCAUCGUAUUCUUAGUCAAGAAGAUGCCGACCCAAUCCAGCUCACAUUUCAUAUAGAUGCUGUAUCAGGGGAUGCUAUCCCAUUGCUUGAAGCCCUCGCACGCGACCCUCAAGGACAUGAGAUGCAAGAUUGGCUCUCUCAUACAGCACAUUUGCUGGGAGAUCUCUUCGUGCUUUUGUCGUCAUUUCAGUACAAUAUGCAGAAUCGCAUGGAUGAAAAUGUCGUGUUUCCGGAACCAGUGGCCUUGUUGCACACAGGGCGUCCAGGGCGUCCAAAAAAAAUGAUCGAUGUUGGAUUCCUCACCGAAGCAGUCUCGACUUCCCGACAAAUCAAACUUACUGAGCUUUCUGAAAUGCUCGGAGUCCACAGGAACACAUUACGACGUUAUAUGAAGCGCUAUGGAGUUGAAAGAAAAUACUCGAACCUUACUAACAUCGACCUUGAUCUUCUCAUCACCGAGUUCAAGAAAAAGCGGCCUGAUUCAGGUAUAAGGUGCAUCAUUGGUUUUCUCCGCAGGCAUGGACUGCGAGUGUAG